AUGCGAUGCACCUCGUUCGAGGGCCCCAACGGCGUGUUCGCCGUCGAAUUGGGCAGCGGCCAUGAGCUCGUCCGCUCGCUGUUCCGGCUGAUGUACGUUCGAUCGUUCCGGCCCAUGUGGUCGAUCGUCUGCGGGCUGUGGGCGAUCGUCGUGUCCGCGGUGCCGGUAGUCGCGCGGCUCGCCGAGUACGUGUUGGAAGCGGCCGUCGUGGCGACCAGGUCCGGCGACCCGCCGAGGCGUCGGAACGUGAGAGCCGCGUACGCCCGCCUGGCCAGGUGUCUCGCGGUCGCGGCGCUGCUCGCGUGGCUGUACGUGCGUUUCAUGGUUGUUCCCGUGUUGUGCACGGCCUUCGAAUACGUGGCGAUCGCCGUCCACGUUGUCCGGUGCUUGUGA